GCAUUAAAUACUUGGAGAGAGAAUUUUAUCUUCCAUAAUAAUCCUACUUAUUCGAUUAUAAUUGCCUCCAAUAAAGAGCACUCGUACUCUAAACCAAAAAACGAAAGCUGAAGAUAGCAAAAACCAGAGCUUGUCAAUCCCCUAGAAGAAUAUGCUGAUUUUAUAGCAAAAGUAGAGUGAGUUUCAGCUUAUAUAAAUACACAUACUAUAAGGGACUUGAGGCAAAGUUCUGCAAUGGGUUGGAGGUACAAUGCUGGGUUGGCACUGAUUGGAGCCUUUGUCUUAAUAUGGGUUGGCUCUGCAGAAAUAACUCAGAGGAUUUUUGUAGAGUAUAAACAGCCGUUUGCACUCACUUACUUUGGAGUAUCUGUGAUGGUGGUCUAUUUGCCCAUUUCAGUGUUCAAAAAGUGGAUAUGUAGCUUACUGAAAAUUUUGUUUAGAAAUUUUCAUGAGGACUACACAUUAGUUAGCACUUCCACUGGACUUGACGUCCCUUUUAAAAUCAACGGGGUUCUCCGAAAGCCAGAAACCGAUCUAAAAAGUAGUUUGAUUACUGUCGAAGAAAUUAGAGAAAGAGAAGAAGGGAUGCCUUUGGUCAAGAAAGAGGAAAACAAAAGUCCCUUGCUUGCACAAAGUUAUGGAAGUAGUUCAUGGAAAAUUGCAAAGUGUGGCUUGUACCUCACUCCAAUAUGGUUUGCACAAGAGUAUUUUUCAAACAUGGCACUUGCAAAUACCAGUGUUGCGAGUACAACGGUUCUGAGUUCCAUGUCAGGUCUCUUUACCCUUUUCUUUGGAGCCAUUCUUGGACAGGACUCAGUAAAUAUAACCAAAAUAGCAGCUGUUUUAAUCAGCAUGGCUGGUGUUGCCAUGACAACUGUUGGGAAGACUUCGGCAGCAGAUGAGAAUAUUAGUAUGACUCAAAAGCAUUCUAUCAUGGGGGACAUUUUUGCUCUACUCUCAGCAAUAUGUUAUGGUUUAUUCACAGUGCUUCUCAAGAAUUCUGUUGGAUCAGGAGAAAAGGUAGACAUGCAAAAGCUUUUUGGCUGUUUUGGUCUCUACAGUUUUCUUGGCUUUUGGUGGCUAGCAUGGCCAUUAAAUGUUGUGGGAAUUGAACCACAUUUCAAAUUUCCAAGUUCAAUGUCCACUUGGGAGAUUGUUAUUGCAAAUAGCAUUUGCUCAAGCGUGAUUUCAGAUUACUUAUGGGCACUUUCUAUAGUUUGGACAGCUCCUUUGGUUUCUACGUUGGGAAUGUCCUUGACAAUUCCCGUUGCCAUGAUAGCUGACAUGGUUAUACAUGGUCGCAAGUACUCUGCAAUGUACAUCCUUGGAUGCAUUCAGGUUUUUGCAGGAUUUACACUAGCAAACCUUUCGGGUAAGAUUUCAAGAAGUGAUACAGAGUUAAGUACGUGACGUUUUGAGAAGCAGGGGUCUUGUGUAUAUUAAACAAGGAAGAAUAUUAGUACAGCCAUGAAGUCUUAAACUCUGGGAAAUGAUGAAGAGUAUGAACUGAUCAGAGUUCGUUGUUUAUAGUGAUAGAUUUCAUAUAACACUGACUUUGGUCCAUAUACAAUGACAGUUGAAUAUAACAUAAUUCAGUGUCAUUGAAAGAAUGCUUUGAAACUGACUCAUAUAUCAAAUAAAAAAAAUAAAUAAAAACUAGGAUUGAUGGUACCAUCUAUACCUAUAUUAUAAAUUCGACUUGUCAUUUUUGAAUGA